CUAGGAGCUGAUUUGAUAAAAUUUGUAUUUGAGUAGACUAAGUCCUUUCAUCAAUUUUUGCCGCAGUGGUGAAGCCGGGUAAAGAUCAUGCAGGGGCAACGCUUGAACUUCCAUCAGAAGAAAUUAUUCGAAAGUCAGGAUAAGGAUUGGAGAGAAGAGGUUAGAACAAAGUGUGUCCUCUUCUAGAUUUUUUGUUUAGGAUUAAUAAGUAGUAGUGCUAGUCCUUUUCUGAGAGUGCUUGAAAUUUUCUGCUUACAUUCCUUUUUGUGGUUGUAUUUUUAUUUUUUUUUCUACUUGUUCCCUUUCAAAUUUAUCUAGUGGAGUGGAUAGGAUAUAAAUCUGACAGGUAAAACUAUGUGAUACCCUUUAUUUGUUGUAUGAUCGCAUAAUGUGGCCCAACUGUUUGUCAGCUUGUUUAAUUUGCCUGCAGCAUAAUUUAAUUUGGUUUAAAUAAGAUUGCAGUUCUAUAGUUUAUACUCAAUUGGGGUUUGGUCCUUGUAAGUACACAUGCUCAUGCACGCAUAAAUUAAUGGGCUCAUGGGUUGUCGAUCCUUAUUGUUUCGUAUCACUAAAGUUUUGUUUCCUAAGGACCAAUCUGUUAUGAAAAAUAAGGACAGCCUUUAAAAGUAGAAAUAGAAAGUACCCGGAUUAAAACCCAAUGGGUGUAAUUAUAAAGACUGAAACCCCGAAGAUAGGGAGCUAAAACUGAAAUGAGAGACAAUAUAGGUACUGAUACAUUUUCUUGACAGUAAAACAACAGCUCAAUGGAUAAUAUAAGGAUUAAAAUCACAUUUGAACUGUUCGAAUUUAAGGGCAGUUUGAGGUUUUUAGGUGGUGUUUAUGAGAUCCCAUCUAUAAUUGUUGUAGCACUGACCUCCCCGGUGCCCUAUAGAAUUGAAAAAAGAAAUGAAAAUACACCUGAUACUUACAACUAUCAGGCUUACUCAAUUUACAGUCUGACACAGCCAAAUUGUAGAGGCAUGUUUGGUUGAAGAAAAAUGUUAACGACACAUUGUUAGACACACUCUUUAUUAUUGAGUAAAAUCCUUGUGGGUUAUACUAAAUUGGGAUUGGAACCCACAUAGAUUUCGCUCAGUAUUAAAGAGUGUUAGAAAAUGUGUUGCUAGUAUUCUUCUUUAGCUGAAUAUUUCAAAAAUUGUUGAUUGCUUAGUUCAGGCUUAGACACUAUAAUAAAAUUCAAUUUUGGGAGUUAUAUAUGCGCUAGAACUGUUUUUUAGCUAUAUAAUUGAUAGAUAUAGCUAAGGUCAUAAUUUGGGUGUGUGAACUGCCUUUUAUCUUGCCGAACAAUCCUAUGCUGAAAUGUUUCAAACUUCUCCAUAAUCUUACUAGUGACUAACGAUUUGUCCUGCUGGUAUAUAUGGUUGCCGAGUAUUUGCGCAAGAGAGAGAACGUUGCCACCUCAGUUAAGAGUUAGCAAAUUUGAUGGUUUUUCUGCUCUCAAUUUUUUGUAUUACCGACAAUGCCCGGGUCGAUUUUACUUCGAAGAAUAAAAUAUAUAACAUUUGGCAAACAGGUUAAACGGAGAGUUACGAGAUGAAAUAUAACAUAUGGAUAAUGUUUUAUUUUUGGUGUAUUUUAGAAGAACAGAACAGAACAUAAAAAAGUACAUUUAUGCUGAAAGGGUGAAAUCAAAGAGAGCAGAAACAUAACUUUGCAUGCCAUAUGCUACCAUAAGAUGGACUCGUGCCUACACAAGCCUUGACAUUUCACAGACCCACUUAGACUCGGUAGUGUGAAGCAAUAAGUGGUGAAGUUGGCUUGCCAAAUGAAGAGGUUGAGAUUUCCGUAAAAAAAAUUCAUGCCAGAUCGAGUUGCUAAGUAGAGUAGUGGGACAUGUAUUUGUGAGGAAUUCAAGUUACAAAUUGAUGAUGAACCGAAUUCUCAAUUCUACUUUUAAUGACAGAAACUAAACCUCGUAACUACUUGCGUUGCGUAUGUACCUGUGGCCUAAUCAUAGCGUCUGGUUUUUGCCUUUUAGAUUUAAGUCAAGGCAAAUAGUAAUAAACUUCUUGUUACAAUUAUUUUAUAAUUAAACCCAACAUGGCUUUGUGAGCUAAACAAGAUUGAGGCCGGAUUCGUUUACUUACGUCAUGUUUUUCUUCUUAUGACUUCAUUUUCAUUAGCAUUUUUCUAUUGGCGCGGGGUUAUGAACUAGACGUAAAUACAAGUAAUAGCAACAUGGCAUCUUGUUGGCUGACGAAUUAUAAUUUUUCAUCGAUUCAAGUACCAGCAAAAUACAGUUCUUCAAAUAGUCGAAGGCUCGAAGUACGUUUUUUAAGGGUUUUUGUUAGCAGGUUGGUGAAAUCGAUUAAAAUGAAUGUUAAUCCAUUUAUCAUAUAUAAAAGUUGGGAUGUGACUUGUAUUGUUGACAUCUCAAUUAAUAACUUGACUAUUUGCCGCAUCAUGGAUUUGUUAUUGUUGUCACAUUUUGGUUGAAUCCUUACUUCUUCUCAAGCCAUCAAUUAUUUUCUUAUGCAGUCAUUCUUAUAUUUAUUUAUUUAUAAUUUUUCUAUUUUCAAAUAUCUUCCUUCGUCAUAAAUAUGACUCAAUUCUCCUAAUUAAUCUAGUGUAUUUUCAUUUCUUGACAUUUGACUUUUUUUUUCCCCUUUUAUUAACAACUAACGCGGGAGUUUAAUUUGCUAGCUACAAACCAUUUGUUUAUUUUAUUUUUCUCAUGGAUCUUAUCAUUUAACUGCCUUAAUUUAUGUAAUGAUAAUUAUCAAGCUUAAUUUUUUAUAACCAAAUUGGAAUUUUUAUCGGGAAAUGUAGAUGAGGAUAAAUAACUAAAAGUGGUAAAUUUUUAUUGAAAAUAAAGUAUUUAUUAUCUUGAAAAUUUAAAAAGUGUAAUAAAUGUUAUGUUUUUAAAUAAAAAAAUUACUGUUUUUAUAUGUUUAAAUUCAAUCUUAAAGUUAACAAAACUGUGUGUUUAAUUUGAAUGGCUUAAUCUUCGUGACAAUCAAGAGCACCGGAACUCUUGCAAUAUUAUGCAAGCAGAGCAUGUAUUCUUAUCCAAAAUUAAAGAGAACCCACCUUCCGAUCACGUUACUUACGUUUCCCAUCUAUAGUUCACCACCCAUGUACCUUUUUAGUUGAAUUCACUAGUCUCUUGCCUUUGCAACAAACUCCUCCACAAAAGGUGCAAUUAAGCGAGACAUAAGACUAACAUAUAUAAUGCUCCUAGAGAGCCUUCCUUUUUCAAAACUAGUCAAGCAAUUCCACUAUAAAACUCCAUACUGUCAUUCCUAACUUUAUUCAUUAUGUUUUUGUACUUUUAAUACCAAACUAGCAGAAUAGCUACUACUUUGUCUUUCUAUGAUAAAAUGAUCAGCAUUUCAUGCCAUGCAUUACUGCUGCCGUUUAUUUUUCUUUCAUUACUCGCAAAUACUGACCAAAUGGUAGUUGCUAAAGGGAAAGACAACGUUAGAGAUGCUUGUAGAGUAACUAGGUAUCAAAAACUUUGUGUCCGCUCGCUAGCACCAUUCUCUAACAGUGCUGGAAGAAGUCCCAGCAAGUGGGCAAGAGCAGGAGUGUCAGUGACAAUUGGUGAGAUUAAGAAUGUUGAAGCAUAUCUGGCAAAGUUGAAGAGGCACGGGCGUAUAAGAGGAAGAGAAAGAGUUGCACUUUCUGAUUGCGUUGAGUCUUUUUCAGAUGCCCUUUAUGAGCUUCAUAAAUCACUUGGUGUGCUCAGAAGGCUUAGCAGAAGCACGUUUGGGACCCAGACGGGAGACAUCAAGACAUGGAUAAGUGCAGCACUCAUUAACGAAGAUACUUGCCUUCAUGGGUUUCAAGGAAAAAAGGAGAGAGAAAUUAAACUGCUGCUAAAUCGGGUUCUGAAAGUCUAUUAUGUAACCAGUAACGCUCUAGCUCUUGUCAACAAACUUGCUACUACAGGAAUAGGAAGCAUGUCUGAUCCCUAGAAGUUCUGAAGAUUUUAAAAUAAAUGUUUCUCCAAAGAACUAGAAUAAA